ACCACGUUUAGCGUGUCAGGCGAGUAACGCUCCCGCAAAGGUUCGCGGAGUGAAAAGAGGGUGUUCAGGGAUCUGUGCACAGGUUGCGGAGAUCCAGCGCCAGUCAUGACUGAGGGCACGUGUCUGCGUCGUAGAGGGGGACCCUAUAAGACGGAGCCCGCCACUGACCUCAGCCGCUGGCGACUCAGCACUGAGAGGGGAAGGGAGGUGUGGACCUAUUUUCAAGAAGAGGACGACCCCGGCCGGGAGCAGACUGCGCUGGAAGCUUACUCCUUGGGGUCGGACACUGGGAGUUACUUCAAAGACUUGCCCAAAGCCCACACAGCCCAUGAGGGGGCUCUGAAUGGGAUAACAUUUUACAUGGGGCUGCAGAGCGAGGAUGGGCACUGGCCGAGUGAUUAUAGCGGCCCACUCUUUAUCCUCCCAGGCCUCCUGAUCACUUGCCACGUGGCACGCAUCCCUCUGCCGGCUGGAUACAGAGAAGAGAUGUUGCGGUACUUGCGGUCGGUGCAGCUCCCAGAUGGUGGCUGGGGCCUGCACAUUGAGGACAAGUCCACGGUGUUUGGGACUGCACUCAACUAUGUGUCCAUGAGAAUCCUGGGUGUUGGACCCGACGAUCCUGACCUGGUACGAGCACGGAACAUACUUCACAAGAAAGGUGGAGCUGUGGGCAUUCCCUCCUGGGGGAAGUUCUGGCUGGCUGUUCUGAAUGUUUACAGCUGGGAAGGCCUCAACACACUGUUCCCAGAGUUGUGGCUGUUGCCUGACUGGAUGCCUGCACAUCCCUCUACGUUCUGGUGCCACUGCCGGCAGGUUUACCUGUCCAUGAGCUACUGCUAUGCCAUCCGGCUGAGAGCUGAGGAGGACCCGCUGGUCCUGAGCCUGCGGCAGGAGCUCUACGUGGAGGACUAUGACAGCAUCCACUGGCCGGCACAGAGGAACAACGUGGCCCCUGACGACUUGUACACACCGCACAGCUGGCUGCUCCAUGUGGUGUAUGCGAUCCUCAACCUGUAUGAACGCUACCACAGCACCAGCCUGCGGCAGCGGGCCAUCCAGAAGCUGUUUGAGCACAUUGCAGCCAGUGACCGCUUCACCAAAUGCAUCAACAUUGGCCCGAUCUCAAAAACCAUCAACAUGCUCGUGCACUGGCAUGUGGAAGGGCCGACCUCCAGCAUUUUCCAGGAGCAUGUCUCCAGGAUUCCCGAUUACCUCUGGAUGGGCCUCGAUGGCAUGAAGAUGAAGGGCACCAACGGCUCGCAAGUGUGGGACACCUCGUUUGCCAUCCAGGCUCUGCUGGAGGCAGGUGCACACCACAGACCUGAGUUUUCAUCCUGCUUGCAGAAGGCGCAUGAGUUCCUGCGGAUCUCACAGGUCCCAGACAACCCACCUGACUACCAGAAGUACUACCGCCAGAUGAGCAAGGGCGGCUUUCCCUUCAGUACUCUGGAUUGUGGUUGGAUCGUCUCUGACUGCACAGCUGAGGCCUUGAAGGCUGUCCUUCUCGUACAGGAAAAAUGUCUUUUUGUCACUGCGCACAUCCCGCAAGAGCGGCUCUUUGAUACCAUCGCUGUGUUGCUGGACAUGAGAAACCCUGGCGGGGGGUUUGCCACCUAUGAGACCAAGCGUGGGGGUUACCUGCUGGAGCUGCUGAACCCUGCGGAGGUCUUUGGAGACAUCAUGAUUGACUACAUGUAUGUGGAGUGUACCUCAGCCGUGAUGCAGGCGCUGAAGCAUUUCCACAAGCGGUUCCCAGAUCAUAGGCCGGGAGAAAUCAGGGAGACCCUCAAGCAAGGCCUGGAGUUCUGUCGGCGGAAACAGAGGGAUGAUGGCUCCUGGGAAGGCUCCUGGGGGGUUUGCUUUACCUACGGCACCUGGUUUGGGCUGGAGGCUUUUGCCUGCAUGGGACACAUUUACCGAAAUGGGGUGGCCUGUGCGGAGGUCUCCAAGGCCUGCAACUUCUUGCUGUCCCGGCAGAUGGUGGACGGAGGCUGGGGGGAGGACACUGAGUCCUGCAAUCAGAGGCGUUACAUGCAGAGCGCCCAGUCCCAGAUCCACAAUACAUGCUGGGCCCUGAUGGGGCUAAUGGCCGUCAGGCAUCCUGAUAUAGAAGCCCUAGAGAGAGGAGUCAGGUGUCUGCUUCGAAAACAGCUCCCCAAUGGAGAUUGGCCCCAGGGAAACAUCGCCGGCAUCUUCAAUAAGUCCUGUGCCAUCUUCUACAUGAACUACAAGAACAUCUUCCCCAUCUGGGCGCUUGGCCGCUUCUCCCACCUGUACCCUGAGAGUGCCCUUGCCCGCAACAAUUGAGAGGGAGCCUACAGGCGUCAGGCUGGUGGGGCUGCUGAGUGAGGUUGGGGCGUCUCUGACACCGGAGCCCUUGGAGCCCUGCCCCUCUGUCCCCACUCCAGUGAAUUCUGGAACCAGGCCUGUGCAGGGGCAGGGCUGGUGGUUUAGACACUUACCAUUGUAGGGCUAGUGUGAGGGAGAAACAAGAUGAACUGGGAAACUGGAGAAGGCACAGCGUGUCUGCAGCCCCCGGGAGUGGUCAGUACCCUUGCAUGAGCACAGAGCUGGGAGGGCUUUCUUGACCAAUAAUAGUUCUCAGCCGUUGUGCCCUAUCCGCCUCCUGCUUGGUGCUGGGCUCACUCCUGGGGUGGCUCUUCCUCUAUCUUACUAUCUGUUGGACUGAGGGAGGUGACAGCUUCCCUGAACAGCCUGGGACAGAGAGGCUGGGCCUGCCAGUUCACCAUGCCACCGAGGCCUUGGUGAGCGCCAGGACCAGACACAGCAACCCGGCCCCAGGUCUCAUUUGUCCACGCUGCACCGCUGUGCGUUCAGUUUGAGGGGUGCCAGCGUCCCUGCCUUCAGAGUAUAUAGUCAUGUCGUAAUGACAGAAAUCCCCUGGGGGGCCAAGCAUAACAAAGGGUGAAGAGUUGUUAGUGGUUUGGUGGUUACCACCGUGGGGCACCACUGUGCGCCAGGGACCGCUCAGCACCCCAGCCUGUCAGUCACCACCUACUGAAGCUGACCAGGCACAUGUGACGCCCAGGACACACUCAUGGCUGCUGUGACCUCAUGCCCUGGCUUGCUCUGAGAUGGAGUUGGAGCCAGAUUUCUGGGCGAUGCUCCUCGAGUGGUUAACCUCUCAAUUCCUCCUGGCUAGUCUAAACCUGUGUGGUUCGGUGUGCAUGGACUUGGGGCUCAGGUGGACCAUCUGGGACCUGCCUUUCACCUAUGAGCAUAAGUGGCUCGUGUGCUUACAACCUCCCGGGGGAGAGCUGUGCGGAGUCACCAAGAGCUUUGAUGAGAAUAAAACCCAGGCCUGGUGUCACCUCAGAGGCCCUGCCCCAAUGCCAACUCCACCUGCCAUUUCUCUGUGCUAUCUCCUGUACUGGCAGCAGCCCCAUGGUGCCCUCCCCUGGCCACCUGUCCUCCCUCAGGCGGCCUUGUCAUCACCUGCCCAGAACCCAUCAGGGCCCUCCCUGCUUGCCGCGCCUUUGCCUAUGUGCCUUCCUCCUGCAGCUCUGUGACCCCUGGGCCUUGUCCCAGACUGUCCAGGCUCAUCUGCUUCUCAGUUUCAGGAAAUGAGUAGCUGCUUGAAGAUAAGCAGGUGCAUCUUCAGUGAUUUCAGAGAAAAUAUUUGCCUCAACCUGAUUAAAAAUCCAGUUCUCUAUCCUGGCUAAAUCAUUGAAGAGUCUUGAAUUCCAAUGAUCUUAUUUUCGUCGAUAAGACUUUGACUAUUAUGCUGGGAAAUUUUCUUCGGGGUCCAGUGAGGUUUUCUCUAUUCAUCAUGAUGUAAACUUCAUACCCUUUCCUUUGAGAAAAUGUUUUAGCUCACAGUGGAAACUUACCUCUAGGAAAAUACUCUACUGAACAUAAUCACUACUGCUACAUAAAUUUUCUUUAGGCAAUAAAAAUG